CUACCCUUCAAAGACAGACACUUCACCUGCAGCAAAAUAAUAGGAAGGAGGUUCGCUUGCUUUGUGCAGAGGCUGAGCCACAGGAGAAGGCAAAGUCAAUGUGAUUUACUGAAUGAAAGCACUGGACAAUCACCAGCAACUUGCUCCUCUGCUGCCUCGAACAACCUAAACUGGAACUGUCGUGUGAAAAUGACCCAACAAAUGCAGAGUUUACAUCUUUCUCAGUCAAAAAAACAUAGUGCCCCAUCAUCUCCCAAUGCUGCCAAACGCCUGUACAGAAACCUCUCUGAGAAACUGAAGGGGAGCCACUCUUCAUUUGAUGAGGCCUACUUUAGAGCAAGGACUGACCGGCUGAGUCUCAGGAAGACCUCUGUGAACUUUCAGGGCAACGAAGCCAUGUUUGAAGCAGUCGAACAGCAGGACAUGGAUGCUGUGCAGAUCCUUCUGUAUCAGUACACAGCAGAAGAACUAGAUCUCAAUACUCCUAACAGUGAGGGGUUGACGCCUCUCGAUAUUGCCAUCAUGACCAACAAUGUGCCCAUUGCUAGGAUUCUCCUGAGGACGGGGGCUAGAGAAAGCCCACACUUUGUCAGCCUGGAAAGUCGAGCCAUGCACCUCAACACACUGGUUCAGGAAGCCCAGGAGAGGGUGAGUGAACUGUCUAUUCAGGUGGAGAAUGAAGGAUUCAGUCUGGACAACACAGACAAAGAGAAACAGCUGAAAGCUUGGGAGUGGAGGUACCGGCUCUACAGACGCAUGAAAACAGGCUUCGAACAUGCCAGAGCCCCCGAGGUGCCAACCAAUGUCUGCCUCAUGGUAACCAGCAGCACAUCACUCACCGUCAGCUUCCAAGAGCCUCUUAGUGUCAAUGCAGCUGUAGUGACCAGAUAUAAAGUGGAAUGGAGUAUGUCUAAAGACUUCUGUCCUUUGGCUGGAGAAAUCAUCAUGGAGGACCUACAGACCCUGAGAUGCACAAUUACAGGGCUUAUAACGGGCCAACAGUACUUUGUUCAAGUCUCAGCUUAUAACAUGAAAGGAUGGGGACCUGCUCAGAUCACGACGCCAACAUGUGCCUCUCCUUCUAACUGGAAAGACUAUGACGACAGAGAGCCCAGACACAAGGGACAGAGUGAAGUUUUGGAAGGUCUGCUGCAGCAGGUCCGAGCCCUUCAUCAGCAUUAUAGUUGCCGAGAAACUUCAAAAUUACAAACCACAGGCCGCAAGCAGUCAGUCUCAAGGAGCCUAAAACACCUAUUCCAUUCCUCAAACAAGUUUGUGAAGACCUUGAAACGGGGACUCUACAUAGCUGUUAUAUUUUAUUAUAAAGAUAAUAUGUUAGUCACCAAUGAAGAUCAAAUACCAAUCGUUGAAAUAGAUGACUCUCACACCAGUUCCAUCACACAAGAUUUUCUGUGGUUCACGAAGCUGUCUUGUAUGUGGGAAGAUAUAAGGUGGUUAAGGCAAAGUUUGCCUAUCUCCAUGUCCUCAUCCACAGUACUGCAAACUCGGCAGAAGAUGCUCGCAGCAACAGCCCAGCUACAGAAUUUACUUGGAACACACAAUUUGGGAAGAGUUUACUAUGAGCCCAUUAAAGACCGGCAUGGAAACAUCCUGAUAGUCACCAUCAGAGAGGUGGAGAUGCUCUAUUCAUUUUUUAAUGGCAAAUGGAUGCAGAUCUCAAAGCUGCAAAGCCAGAGGAAGUCUCUGUCAACACCUGAGGAGCCAACAGCUUUAGACAUUUUACUGAUAACCAUCCAGGAUAUUCUCUCCUAUCACAAAAGGAGUCAUCAACGUCUCUCUCCUGGAUUAUAUCUGGGUUAUCUAAAGCUGUGUAGCUCUGUGGACCAGAUUAAAGUUCUUGUUACUCAAAAGUUGCCCAACAUUCUCUGCCAUGUUAAGAUCCGUGAAAACCAUAACAUUUCCAAAGAGGAGUGGGAAUGGGUCCAAAAGCUUUCUGGCUCUGAAUCUAUGGAAAGUGUGGAUCAUACUUCUGACUGCCCCAUGCAAUUGUUCUUCUACGAGCUCCAGAUGGCAGUGAAAGCUCUCCUUAAGCAGAUCAAUAUACCUCUACACCAGGCAAGGAACUUCCGCCUCUACACACAGGAGGUGUUGGAAAUGGGUCACAAUGUGUCCUUUCUUCUCCUGCUCCCUGCCUCAGACGACGUCUGUACAGCCCCAGGACAGAAUAAUCCUUACACCCCACACUCAGGAUUUCUUAACCUCCCUCUUCAGAUGUUUGAACUUGUUCAUUUUUGCAGCUACAGAGAGAAAUUUAUUAGUCUGUAUUGCCGCCUUUCUGCUGUUGUGGAGCUGGAUUCUCUGAAUACCCAACAGUCCCUGAGGGAAGCGAUCUCAGACAGCGAGGUUGCAGCUGCCAAACAAAGACACCAGCAAGUUUUAGAUUUCAUUCAGCAAAUAGAUGAAGUUUGGCGUGAAAUGAGAUGGAUCAUGGAUGCUCUACAGUAUGCAAGAUACAAACAAUCAAUGUCGGGCUUGUCCAUUACUAAGCUUAUAGACCCCUCAGAUGAGCAGAACCUAAAGAAGAUGAGCUCUACAUCAUCCCAUAUAGACUGUCUUCCAUCACCAUCCCCAUCCCCAGAGAUGCACAGAAGAAAGGCAGUGAGUGCAGAUUCCCAGCCCUGCUCGGACGAAGAAGGCUGCUCGGAAGUCUUCCUCCCCACCGACAGUGACUACGACUCCAGCGACGCCCUGAGCCCCCGAGACCUGGACCUGGUGUACCUGUCCUCACAGGACAUCGCGCAGCAGGCGCUCAGCGGCCUGAGCGGCAGUGCCCCCGACGUCCUGCAGGUGCACGACGUGAAGUCUUCAACGGGGUCGGGCCAGGACCCCCAGGGCCAGGAUCCAGGCCCGGACCCCGACCACGCGUGUGCUGAGUUCCUCCACGGCCUGACCCUCACGGGCUUCGGGCCCAAGAACCACGCCAAGAUGGCGGCCUGCGUCAGCAGGCGCUCAGCGGCCUGA